GCACGGGCAGCUAAACAGGACCUCCAGCUGCUCUCUGUAGCGGCCAUAGCAGAUUAGUGUGUGAGCAACAGGCAGCUGGAGCUGAACCGAGCUGAACCUCUCCGUGCAGGAAAGCCCUCUGCAAACAUGGCUGGGAAAAUUCAGAGUCUGACAGAGGAGGAGAGGAGCCACCUUUUACCCCUGCUACGCAGCACUCAGUGGGUUGAGGUUGUGGGACGGGACGCCAUUUACAAAGAAUUUAUCUUUAAAGAUUUUAACCAGGCGUUUGGUUUCAUGUCCAGAGUGGCUCUACAAGCAGAGAAGAUGGAUCAUCAUCCGGAGUGGUUUAAUGUUUAUAAUAAGGUCCAGAUUACUCUCAGCACACAUGACUGCGGGGGGCUGUCCCAGCGGGACAUCACUCUGGCUACCUUCAUUGACCAGGCCUCGCUGAUGUGAUCAAUGACAAAACUUCAACAGCUGUAGUGCUGGGAGUCUCAGAUCUUCACUUCUUCAUUCCCCUUUACAAAUCCUCAAGGAUGUGACUUGAAAACGUAAAGAAAUAAGCCUAUUACAGUGUUGUGGCAUGACACUAAGUGAUAGACUCUAUGGGCCAAAUUUACCCUUAAAUGCAGUUUUUAAUGUCAGCUUCCUGAUUAUAAUCAGUGUUGUGUUCUGUGCCAAAUGUUUUCUAAAUCACUGUCUGUGAAUGUUUUUCUUGUUUUUGGCAUUGCAGAAAAAAACAGAGAAAUAAAUUUCUUAUCAGA